AUGUCUGCUGUUUCGCAGUCUUCGGAUAAUGAUGCCUAUGCCCUUCUGGCAUUGAAGUCAGCGCCUGCAAGUCCUGCAAGAAUGGGAUGGUGUCCAGAACCAAAAUUUACUGCCAUUGCUCGUUUAGAAGGAAGAGACUUUCAAUAUUUUAUGCGUCAAAACCGCAUUUCAAUCGGUCGAAACAGCAGCAAAGGAGACGUCGAUGUUGAUAUGGGACAUUCUAGCUUUAUUUCAAGAGUUCAUCUUGAAAUUUUCUAUGAACAACCUAAUUUCUUUAUGAAAUGUGGUGGUAAAAAUGGCGUUUUCAUCGAUGGAAUCUUCCAAGGAAAGGGAGCACCGCCUCUACAAUUACCAAAAUCAUGUGUGCUCAGAUUUCCCAGUACAAAUAUUAAGAUAGAAUUUCAAUCAUUGGUUGAAGAAAACCCUCCGACACCUGCUAUUAUACCCCCACCACCAGUACAAAGUAUACCUUCUCCAAAGAAGAAAGUUUUACCUGCUCUUAAAAUCAACAUACCAGAACCACCACAUCCAAUUAACAGUCCAUGUCUUUCGCCUACUGGAACUAUAAGUGCUGCUAAUUCCUGCCCUACAAGUCCAAGAGGAGGAACUGAUCCAAGAUCAUUUGUCCCUGAUUUACAAGCAGCAGCUGUUUAUGCUGCCAGUCAUCCACGCGAAGAAAAAGACACUAGUAGUAAUAAUCAAAUCUUAGGUAGUGAUAGUCCUCGAGACGAAUCAAAACCGCCCUUUUCAUAUGCUCAGCUCAUUGUUCAAGCUAUUACCUCGGCUCCUGAUAAGCAGUUAACAUUAAGUGGAAUUUAUGCUUUUAUCACCAAGAACUAUCCUUAUUAUAGAACAGCUGAUAAAGGAUGGCAGAAUUCAAUAAGACACAAUUUGUCUCUAAAUCGAUAUUUUGUCAAAGUUCCGAGGUCUCAAGAAGAGCCCGGGAAAGGUUCAUUUUGGAGAAUAGAUUCUGCAUCAGAAGGAAAACUCACAGCACAAGCAUUCAGGCGGCGGAGACAGAGAGGUGUACCAUGUUUCCGUACUCCAUUUGGUGGAUUGUCCACAAGAUCUGCCCCAGUUUCACCAAGUCAUAUGAGUGGUGCAUUUACUCCUGAUAGCCUAUCCAGAGAAGGUAGUCCUGUACCAGAAACCAUGACUGACAUGGAUCCACCUCAAGUUACUGGUGUUAUUUAUCAACGUGGUAUAUCAUCUUUACAGUCAGACAGUAGACUAAGUCAAUCAGCUCCUGGUUCACCAGCAGGUAAGCAUGGUUCUUAUUGA